AUGUUUGGACAGAUGGCUGAACCUGCCGAAGUCGCACAUCCCUACUACCCGCUGGGCGUCGACAUUCCUCACUAUGCGGCCAACACAUUACCACUGCCGGUCAUUCUAGGCUCGCUUGUCGGCAUGCUGGGCUCGGCCAUGCUGGCAACCAGUACGCUGGCGCUGCGCUUCAACCCAAGCCUGGGAAAGGGUCAACUAGUCAUCUUCUGUUGGUUCAUCGUGUGCUACUUUGUCUUGAAUCAUGCCACCGUUGCGUCGUCACAGAACCUCUUUGCCCAGCUCUGGAAGGAGUACGCCCUCUCCGACUCGCGAUACUUGACUUCGGACCCAUUUAUGCUGAGCGUCGAAAGCAUCACCGUGUUUCUAUGGGGCCCUCUCUCCUUUCUCUGCGCAGUGAGUAUCGUGGCCGCCUCACCACUCCGCCAUCCGCUUCAGAUCAUCAUGUGCAUGGCGCACCUGUAUGGAGUGGCCCUGUACUACUCAACCAGCCUGGUCGAGACGCAUUUCACAGGCCGCUCGCAUAGCCGGCCCGAGUUUCUGUACUUUUGGGUCUACUACGUGGGCUUCAACUUUCCCUGGGUCGUUGUGCCUGCUUUCUUGAUGUAUGAUAGCCUAAAAACCAUCUCGAGGAAACUGAGAAGUUUUGAGCAAGUCAAGAUCGGGUUGAAGGGUUACGAAGCGAGAAAUGGAAGUGCCAAGACAGCUGUGGUAUCCAAAAAGGCAGAGAAGAAGGAGCAAUAA